GAGGAGGAGAGGCCCGUGGCGUGAAGGGAGCCGCGAUGCGGGUCGUGUUGACGUGGAGAGAUAAAGCCGAGCAGUGUAUAUAUGACCUUGCAUUUAAGCCUGAUGGAACUCAACUGAUUUUGGCUGCAGGAAACAGAUUACUGGUUUAUGACACCUCUGAUGGUACCUUAAUCCAGCCCCUCAAGGGACACAAAGACACUGUGUACUGUGUGGCAUAUGCGAAGGAUGGCAAGCGUUUUGCUUCUGGAUCAGCUGACAAAAGUGUUAUUAUCUGGACGUCAAAAUUGGAAGGCAUUUUGAAGUACACGCAUAAUGAUUCUAUACAGUGUGUCUCCUACAACCCUCUUACCCACCAGCUGGCAUCUUGUUCCUCCAGUGACUUCGGGUUGUGGUCUCCUGAACAGAAGUCUGUCUCCAAGCACAAAUCGAGCAGUAAGAUCACCUGCUGCAGCUGGACAAAUGAUGGUCAGUACCUGGCUCUGGGGAUGUUCAGUGGAAUCAUCAGCAUCCGGAACAAAAACGGCGAGGAGAAAGUGAAGAUCGUGCGGCCGGGGGGCUCCCUCUCCCCAAUAUGGUCCAUCUGCUGGAACCCUUCGAGCCGAUGGGAGAGUUUCUGGAUGAACAUAGAGAAUGAGGAUGCUGAGGAAGUCAUUGUCAACAGAUACUUUCAGGAAAUCCCUUCCACUCUGAAGUCAGCAGAGUACAGUAGUCAGGGUAGUGAGGCAGAGGAAGAGCCAGAGGAAGACGACAACAACUUGUGAGUGUGUCCCCAGGAGAGAGAACACUCCUUAGAGGAGCAUAAUGACAUCCUGGCUGUAGCUGACUGGGGACAGAAACUUUCCUUCUACCAACUAAGUGGAAAACAGAUUGGGAAGGAUCGGUCACUGAACUUUGACCCCUGCUGCAUCAGCUACUUUACUAAAGGGGAGUACAUUUUGCUCGGGGGGUCAGACAAGCAAGUAUCCCUUUUCACCAAGGAUGGAGUGCGGCUUGGGACAAUUGGAGAGCAGAACUCCUGGGUGUGGACGUGUAAAGUGAAACCUGAUUCCAACUAUGUGGUGGUAGGCUGCCAGGACGGCUCCAUUUCCUUAUACCAGCUUAUUUUCAGCACAGUCCAUGGGCUCUACAAGGACCGGUAUACCUACAGGGACAGCAUGACUGAUGUCAUCGUGCAGCACCUGAUCACUGAGCAGAAAGUUCGGAUUAAAUGUAAAGAGCUUGUCAAGAAAAUUGCCAUCUACAAAAAUCGAUUAGCUAUCCAACUACCGGAGAAAAUCCUCAUCUAUGAGCUGUAUUCAGAUGACUCAUCAGACAUGCAUUACCGGGUGAAGGAGAAGAUUGUCAGGAAGUUUGAAUGCAACCUCCUGGUGGUGUGUACUGAUCACAUCGUCCUCUGCCAGGAGAAACGGCUGCAGUGCCUGUCCUUCAGCGGAGUGAAGGAGCGGGAGUGGCAGAUGGAGUCUCUCAUUCGUUACAUCAAAGUGAUUGGUGGCCCUCCUGGAAGGGAAGGGCUGUUAGUGGGCCUGAAGAAUGGACAGAUUCUGAAGAUCUUCGUGGACAAUCUCUUUGCCAUUGUCCUGCUGAAGCAGGCCACAGCCGUACGCUGCUUGGACAUGAGUGCUUCUCGUAACAAGUUGGCCGUGGUGGACGAAAACAACACAUGCCUUGUGUAUGACAUCCACACCAGGGAGCUGCUUUUUCAGGAACCCAAUGCCGACAGCGUGGCCUGGAACACCCAGUGUGAGGACAUGCUCUGCUUCUCGGGAGGAGGCUACCUUAAUAUCAAAGCCAGCACCUUCCCUGUGCACCAGCAGAAGCUGCAGGGCUUCGUGGUUGGCUACAACAGCUCCAAGAUCUUCUGCCUCCAUUCCUUCUCCAUGUUUGCCGUGGAGGUGCCGCAGUCUGCUCCAAUGUACCAGUACCUGGAUAGGAAAAUGUUCAAAGAAGCCUACCAGAUUGCUUGCUUGGGCGUGACAGACACUGAUUGGCGUGAGCUAGCCAUGGAAGCGCUAGAAGGAUUAGAGUUUGAAACAGCAAAGAAGGCCUUCACCAGAGUGCAAGACCUCCGAUAUUUAGAGCUCAUCAACAGCAUCGAGGAGAGGAAGAAGCGGGGAGAGCCCAACAAUGACCUGUUUCUGGCAGAUGUGUUUUCCUACCAGGGGAAGUUCCAUGAGGCCGCCAAACUGUACAAGAGGAGCGGGCACGAGAACCUGGCGCUUGACAUGUACACCGACCUCCGCAUGUUUGAGUAUGCCAAGGUAAUCCACCCACAUACCAGGCCCAAGCUGCCACUUGGAGCCCACUGGGGCUCUGACCUGCAGUGUCCAAGUUGUUUGCCCCAUGAGGCAGUACAGAUGGAAGUCAGCAAUGACCUCAGAAAGGCUGUGGGCAGAUUGAUAAAUGAAGGAACCAUUCAUUGGUUGAUUGAAAUCGCCCGUAAGCUGGACAAGGCUGAGCGCAAGCCCCUGCUGAUGUGUGCUCACUACUUCAAGAAGCUGGAUAACCCUGGCUAUGCUGCCGAGACCUACUUGAAGAUUGGUGAUCUGAAGUCCUUGGUGCAGCUGCACGUGGAGACCCAGCGCUGGGAUGAGGCCUUUGCUUUGGGUGAGAAGCAUCCCGAGUUUAAGGAUGACAUCUACGUGCCCUAUGCUCAGUGGCUAGCAGAGAAUGAUCGCUUUGAAGAAGCCCAGAAAGCAUUCCACAAGGCCGGGCGGCAGGGGGAAGCAGUCAGGGUGCUGGAGCAGCUCACACACAACGCCGUGGUGGAGAGCAGAUUUAACGAUGCCGCUUAUUAUUACUGGAUGCUGUCCAUGCAGUGCCUUGAUAUAGCUCAAG